GCCGGGAUUAAUUAGGGCGGCAGCGCGAGCGGCAGGAGGCUGAGUCCUGGCCGCGGGCCGGGGGCCGGGGCGCCGCCGGCACAGGAGCGCUUGGGGAUCCUCCAAGGUGGCCAUGGCCCUGCUGGGUAAGCGCUGUGACAUCCCCGCCAACGCCAACGGCUGCGGGCCUGACCACUGGAGCACCGCCUUCGCUCACAAACGGGAGAUUAUCAACAGCCUUGUGUCUGCCUUAGACUCCAUGUGCUCUGCGCUGUCCAAGCUGAACGCAGAAGUGGCCUGUGUGGCCGUGCACGAAGAGAGCGCCUUCGUGGUGGGCACCGAGAAGGGGAGGAUAUUCCUGAACGCGCGGAAGGAGCUCCAGUCCGACUUCCUGCGGUUCUGCCGGGGUCCCCUGUGGAAGGAUCCAGAGGCAGAACAUCCUAAGAAGGUGCAGCGGGGCGAGGGUGGUGGCCGGAGUGUCCCGCGGUCCUCCCUGGAGCACGGCUCGGAUGUGUACCUCCUGCAGAAGAUGGUGGAGGAGGUGUUUGACGUUCUUUAUAGCGAGGCCCUGGGCAGGGCCAGUGUGGUGCCACUGCCCUACGAGAGGCUGCUCAGGGAGCCGGGGCUGCUGGCCGUGCAGGGGCUGCCCGAAGGCCUGGCCUUCCAGAGGCCAGCCGAGUACGACCCCAAGGCUCUCAUGGCCAUCCUGGAGCACAGCCACCGCAUCCGCUUCAAGCUCAAGAGGCCACUCGAUGAUGCUGGGCGUGACUCCAAGGCCCUGAUGGAGCUGAACGGAAUCUCCCUGCUCCCCAAGAGGUCCCCGGACUGUGGCCUCCAUGGCCAGGCCCCCAAGCUCGCCCCCCAGGAGCUGCCCCCCACUGCUACCUCCUCCUCCAUGGCCAGCUUCCUGUACGCCACUGCGCUGCCUGGCCACGCCGUCCGGGAGCUGAAGCAGGAGGCGCCUGCCUGCCCCACGGCCCCCGGCGACCUGGGCCUGAGCCGACCCGUGCCUGAGCCCAAGGCCACCAGUGCCCAGGACUUCUCCGACUGCUGUGGACAGAAGCCCCCGGGGCGCACGGGGCCUCUCAUUCAGAACGUCCAUGCCUCUAAACGUAUCCUCUUCUCUAUCGUCCAUGACAAGUCAGAGAAGUGGGACAUGUUCCUGAAGGACACAGAGGACAUCAACACACUCCGGGAAUGCGUGCAGAUCUUGUUCAACAGCAGAUAUGCUGAAGCCCUGGGCCUGGACCACAUGGUCCCUGUCCCCUACAGGAAGAUCGCCUGUGACCCGGAGGCCGUGGAAAUCGUGGGCAUCCCAGACAAGAUCCCCUUCAAGCGGCCCUGUACUUACGGGGUCCCCAAGCUAAAGCGGAUCCUGGAGGAGCGACACAGCAUCCACUUCGUCAUCAAGAGGAUGUUUGAUGAGCGAAUUUUCACAGGGAACAAGUUUACCAAAGACCCCACCAAGCUGGAGCCAGCCAGCCCGCCAGAAGACACCUCCACAGACGUGUCCAGGGGCUCCGUCCUUGACCUGGCCGGGAUGGCUCGGUCAGACAAGGGCAGUGUCUCCCCCGAAGACUGUGGACCAGGGACCUCUGGGGACCUGGGUGUCCUGAGGCCAAUCAAAAUAGAACCAGAGGACCUGGACAUCAUUCAGGUCACUGUCCCAGACCCUUCACCAACCUCAGAGGAGAUGACAGAUUCCCUGCCAGGGCACCUGCCCUCAGAGGAUUCCGGUUAUGGGAUGGAGAUGCUGACGGAGAAAGGCCCUGGUGAGGACCUGCGCCCGGAAGAGAGGCCUGUGCAGGACAGCCCUGGCGAUGUGGUCCGGCCCUUGCGGAAGCAGGUGGAGCUUCUGUUCAAUACACAAUACGCCAAGGCCAUAGGCACCUCGGAACCAGUCAAGGUGCCUUACUCCAAGUUCCUGAUGUACCCCGAAGAGCUGUUUGUGGUGGGACUGCCUGAAGGCAUCUCCCUUCGCAGGCCCAACUGUUUUGGGAUUGCCAAGCUGCGGAAGAUUCUGGAAGCCAGCAACAGCAUCCAGUUUGUCAUCAAGAGGCCUGAGCUGCUCACUGAAGGCGUCAAAGAACCCAUCGUGGACAGUCAAGAGAGGGACCCACUUGUGGGCAGGAGCCUGAAGAGACAGGCUUUUCAAGAAAACUAUGACACAAGACUCUCACGGAUCGACAUCGCCAACACACUAAGAGAGCAAGUGCAGGACCUGUUUAAUAAGAAAUACGGGGAGGCCCUGGGCAUCAGAUACCCAGUCCAGGUGCCGUACAAACGCAUCAAGAGCAACCCGGGUUCCGUCAUCAUCGAGGGGCUGCCCCCCGGGAUCCCCUUCCGCAAGCCAUGCACCUUCGGCUCCCAGAACCUGGAGAGAAUCCUCGCUGUAGCCGACAAGAUCAAGUUCACAGUCACCAGGCCGUUCCAAGGACUCAUCCCAAAACCUGAUGAAGAUGACGCCAACAGACUUGGAGAGAAGGUGAUCCUCCGUGAGCAGGUGAAGGAGCUCUUCAAUGAGAAAUACGGUGAGGCCCUGGGCCUGAACCGGCCUGUGCUGGUCCCGUAUAAACUGAUUCGAGACAGCCCGGAUGCUGUUGAGGUCACGGGCCUGCCGGAUGACAUCCCGUUCCGGAACCCCAACACCUACGACAUCCACCGGCUGGAGAAGAUCCUGAAGGCCCGGGAACACGUUCGCAUGGUCAUCAUUAAUCAGCUCCAACCUUUUACAGAAAUCUGCAAUGAUACUAAGGUGGCAGCCAAAGACAGCCACCUUCCCAGGCGCAAGAGAAAGAGGGCAUCAGAAGGCAAUUCAGUCUCCUCUUCCUCCUCCUCCUCCUCCUCUUCCUCAUCCUCGUCCUCCAACCCGGACUCUGUGGCCUCCAACAACCAGAUCUCACUCGUGCAAUGGCCAAUGUACAUGGUGGACUACAGUGGACUGAACGUGCAGCUGCCGGGACCCCUGAGUUACUAGACCUCAGCACCGAAUGGCGACCUCACUCGGAAAGCCUAAGGAACUGUAAUUAUGUACAGAGUGUAAAUUCGGAUACGUAUCAAUGCCUUUUAGUUUUUCCAAGGAUUUUUACACUAUAUUCCUGCCGC